AUGGCUGCCAUGGCUGUAAACACCGUCAUUCCGUUCCUGGCUUCCGUCGUUGUGCUGCUGUCGCUUGGUGCUGCCUCAGACCCGCAGCAAUCUAUCACCUUGGACCGAAUCGGGGUCAAAGGUCAAUGGCUGGUUGAUAAGUUCGGGAGAAUUCGGCUGUUCCACGGCGUUAAUUCUGUGCUGAAACAACCACCGUGGUACGACGCUCAGAUUCUGAACGAGACGAGGCUGAAGUACUUCAAGGAGUGGGGCUUCAAUGCUGUCAGGCUAGGGACAAUGUGGACGGGGGUGGAGCCGAGUCGAGGUGCGUACAACCAGUCCUACCUGAACGUCAUGAAAGCCGCCGUCUCGUCACUCGAGAAAUACGGCAUGUACGCACUUCUUGAUAUGCAUCAGGACCAGGGCUCAACCUUCUACAAUUCCUAUGACGGAAUCCCAAGAUGGCUUAUAGCAGCCUUCGAUCCUCCGCUGUUCAAAUUCCCCUGGCCUUUCAAGAAGGUUGGCUACUCUGACUUCAGGGCCUACUUGACGGAAGCAUGCGGAAAGGGUUUCCAAGAUUUGUACGACAACAAAAAGGGGGCGCUGGAUGCUUGGACAGGAUUCUGGGUUAAGGUCGCGCAGACUUUCAAGGACAUAUCCAGCGUCCUAGGAUACGAGUUCAUCAACGAGCCCUGGGCAGGGAAUAUUUACGUUGACCCUGCGCUGCUCCUCCCAGGCCAUGCCGGCCGCAAGAACCUCUUGCCAGCCUACAAUAGAAUCAACGCAGCCAUACGGAAUGUGGACAACCACACCCUCGUCUUCUACGAACCGGUGACUUGGGGAGUUUGGCUAAAUGGGACAACACUUGGGACGGGUUUCGAUACGGUACCAGGUGGGCCUGAAUAUGAAAGUCUGAGCGUCCUGUCGUGGCAUUACUACUGUUGGCUUAUACAAUCAGGUUCGGCCGAGGGACGGCCAUAUCCCACCCUUGAGAGGUUCGUCUGCGAUGAGAUUCAGGGUAAGGACGUGUUCAAACAAGUCGUAGCAGACACUCUGCGGAUAGGCGGUGCUUCAUUCAUGACAGAAUUCGGCAUCUGCGAGCCAAACAAAAUAGCGAACUCAACGGGGAACAUCGAGUGCGGGUUCAUCAUGAAGCAAGCUGACGAACAUUUGCAAUCGUGGACAUACUGGGACUUGAAUGUUUUCUUUACGCCAGGUGGUCACGUGAACUGGACCGGAGCGACGCCAUUCGCCCGUCCAUACACACGCGCAGUGGCAGGCACGCCCAAGCGUAUGACCUUUAACCCCGAUGACCUUUCAUUCGAAUUCGAUUACAUUGUUGACAUGAACAUUCACGCUCCGACGGAAAUUUUCAUUCCUCCCGUGAAAUAUCCGAAAGGGGUCACGGUCAAUGUCACUGAGGGACUGGGGUACACUUUUGACUCUGGCAACCAUGUUGUUCUUGUCACAGCGAAGCAGGCGACUGUAAUCGCUAGCAUUCGGAUUGCUCCAAAGAUGUGA